UCGUCAUAAUUUGAUGCAAGGCCGAUUCGUAAUUACUCUCCCUUUCCCCCCUAGUCUUGCGCUGCAGAGGGACUUGAAUAGCGAAUCCGUGAUGCAGUCCCGGUGACUGCGUGGCCGUAGGGAGGACAGGAAGUCGCCGGAACAGCGCAGCGAACUUGCCCAUUCAUAGUUGACGUGUGCCGCUCGCUCAUUAUGCGCAGUUGCUCUCUUACUGUUUUCACUCGUCUCCUGACGGGGGCUGCAAAACAGCGGUGACGAGUUCUCGGAGAUCGUGAUGCAGCAACCUGGCGCGGGUCUUUGUAUCCGUCACCGAUAUAAUACACGUGCUCCUCGCUCGGCUGUGACUACAUCAACAACGGAUCUGCCGGACCACACAACAGCUGCGGCCGGGCUCCGCUCGUCUGCGUGGAGCUCUCCUUUUGUAUACUGAUUUCACUGGCGCUGCCAAAUCUUCUCCGACUCCCUGAAGUUCGAGGAGCAAUUCUCCAUGUCUAUUUUGUGAGGUGUUUUGCCCAAGCCAGUCCAGUUGCAUAGCUGGAUGCAGAUUUCUCUGAGUUAAAUCCUCACCAGGAGUAUAGUCUCUGGGCUGAUUUCAAAAUUGGCUGCCUGGCCUGGAUAAGAAGAGUCAUCUCACAAAAUUAUACGGUGAACGGACGGCGUGCCGAGGUAAGGUGUUAGGGGGACGUCCGGGGGACGUUAGACCGUCGUCCCGGGCACUCAGCCCUUGUGCAGCCGGCCCGGGCAUGACGGUCGCCGUGCCCGAUAGAACAGCCCCACCGCCCCCAUGGCGACCUCCCUCCGACCCACACCCGCUCACCCAAGCAGCCAGCCAGUCCCUCGGUCUCUGUUACCAUGGCAACUUUUCUCUGUCCUUCGUGGACGACGAGCAUGACGUCGGUGAUGACGUAGCCGAUGCCGACGAUAUACGCACCAUCCUCGAACUGGCAGAGCAGUGUUCAUUUGAGAUCUCCGUCAAAGAUUGCGCCGACACAACGCAGGACAUGUACCCAACAGAAGUGUCCCCUUCACCCACACCUUGCGAGGAGCCGACGGCUACUUAUCAAUCGUGUAGGUUCACUGCAGGUGUCAAACGAAAACUGGACUUUGACAGCUACGAGGCCAGAUCCGGGGGUCCGGCUCAGCCGGAGAACGGAGAGGUAGAAGGUACCGACGAGCGCGCCUCAUCGGAGUACCAGGAUAGGCAGAGAAUGCUGGAGGUGUCCCUGUGCAAGAUGAGACGCAUGGAGGACCCUGAGACAUCACUCCGUCGGUGUGUUCUCAUCAACAACAUGACGGUCAAGCUGAAACAGGAGCUGGACCACCAGGACAAGCACUGCCGGACCAUGCUGCCGAAGAAGCGGCACAUCUUGAGGCGCACCGAUACCACUACCAUUUCGCCAGGUGGGAUGGGGUCACUCACGCAGCAGAGCCCCUGUUGCCGGCAGGAGAAUCACGCCGGGGAUAAAUUCCCAAGUAGGACCUGGGACACUGCCGAUGCGUGUGAGCCGAUGGCGACGCCUCCACUAAGCUCUUGCAGGGGGCAGGAGGAGGUCCCAAGAGAACAGCUACUGGCGUGCGAUACCGCUGGCCUGACAACACCUGGGGAGGGUUUACCGAACAACGGGAGUGUUACUGAGAGCGAAGCCACGGGAGAUACCACGCCCUCCAUCUUCGGUGACAUCGACAGCGUUUUUCAGAGUCUUCUUUCAUGCCUUGGGGAACCAAUGUAGACAAGAACAGUGCUGUGUUUCAAAAACUGUUGACUUCCCAUCCUUAUUAUUAUGUUAUUUCUGCAUAAUGUUGUGUACGACAUGUACUUUGCAGUGCAUAAAGACGGAGGCUUACUCUGGACAUCUAAACAGUUUCAUAUUAUGUGAGAGAGUAAGGCAUUGAAUGAGCCAUGAGCCAGGAUUAUUCUCAGGCAGAUAAUAUCGUGUAAGUUUGUUUGAAUGAAUCGUUGUCGAUUCUGCUCGUGAAAUAUUUUCAGCAAAGACACUGCCAAGUUCAUUAUUAGGGAAAUUCGACUGUGGCUUCAUUGGACACUAACCUCACUCUGUAGCGGACUCCGUUCGCGUGUUUCCAGUCAUCUUGUGUACCAACUCAACGUAGGCCUAAUGCAAUAUCGCUCUCUGCCUGUUGAUUUACAAUUUCUGCUUCCUUACUGACUGCUGUUUCUGUGAUGUUUUUAAUAGAAACGUUUAAUAUUUUGGCUGCAUGCUCUUUAUAUCCUAUGAACGUUUUCCUUACUGCUUUUCAUUGUUCUUAUAUCAAACUGUCUUCAAAUGUAAAACAAAUCAAGAAGGGAUGAUGUUCGCAAACAGCGAAAGAACUGUCUGAAAAAAACACUGUCUUGAAUGUUUCGGUAGAAUGUGAAAUUUUUUCUUCCUUGUGACAUCUGCAUCGUAACUGAUUGAGAUGUUUUAACAAAAGUGGAGAUCAUUAUUUUUGAAACGGCCUAUCAUGAUUUCUUCAAAGACUAUAUUUUUUAAAAAGCGAAAAACAAAUCCAAGUAUUUUAUGAAAACGUUUCAAAGCACGAUUUUGGGGCAGUACAUUUUGAUCAGUGCUAAAUAAAAUCCAACGUCUAAGGUUUUCAACAUUAAA